GCAGCAGUAGACGCUUGGAAAAUCGCUGUUUUGUUGUUUACAAGCCGUGUUGGGUAGACCGGUUGUCAAAAUUCUUAGUUGAUUUCUUCAUAUUGAACAUUAAUUUUAGAUCUGUUACUAUCAAAGUGUACCUUAAAUAUAUAAAUGUUUGUUGGAAAAUUUAAGUUGUGAUUAUUAUUAACUUGGUGUUGUUCAAAUCAAGAUGUUGACGACAAAUCGACAAAGGGUUAUUCAAGUGUAUGAUUGUGUCAAAACAUUUCAUAAUAUUGAGAUACUGCCACCUGAUUUGCCAAAUCCACAACAUGUCAACCUAUUACCAACAUUAAGACCUUAUCAGGUAAAAGCAGUGAAAUGGAUGCUCUCAAAAGAGUUGUAUCCUUCCUACUAUGAGAAAACCGAAGAGAGUUCUUCAUCAGAUAACCUCGAAUCAGCUGUGUUGUUACCAAAAGGAGGAAUUUUGGCAGAUGAAAUGGGUCUUGGAAAAACUGUGGAAGUCCUGGCCUGCAUUCUUUCAAAUCCUAGAAUUGUGGAUGAAAAAAAGGAUUCCUGUAAAAUUGAACCUGAAGAAUUUAAAAAUGAGACUAAAGAGUCAAAAGAACACCUUCAAAAAAAUAAAACGGAAACUAUUGUUAACUCUGGAGAAGAAUUCGAUCCCACUGAAGAUGGAAUUGUUGAAAUUAAAAUCAGUAACGACAAUUCAGAAGACUUGAAGAAUGGCGUAGGAGAUCUUAAGGAUAGCGGUUGUGUUGUAAAUGAUAUCCUCCCACAUUCUCCAAAUGAGGUAACAGAAAUCCAGACAGAAACUGUGCAAGUGGCAAAGGUUAAAAGGAAAAGAAGAAAAAAGGUAAGGUUCGAUGAGGAUGAUGAUUUUGUACCUGAUAACUUUGAUAUUGAAUUAGAAGAAGAAAAUAUGGCGGGUGGCAUAAGUAAAAGGAAAAGAGCCAAAUCUGAUAGUUUUAGUGAUACCGGUGGGAAGAAGAUGAAGAUAGAAAGUACAAAACGAGGGAGGAAAUCAUAUCCAGAUUCAAAUAAAGACUCUAAACAGAUUAAACCUAAACGAGCGUCUGCCCUAAAGGCUGGAGAAACUUUUACUCUGCUGAAAUCGUGGUAUGAUAAUUGCCUGUCAGAGACCAGCAUGAAGACGCAGCGGAGAAAACAGUUUCAUCGCUCAUCAUCGUUCCAGUGCUGCUGUGUGAAGGAUAUAGAGUCCGACAACAUCGUCGAGUGCCCGAACUGCAACACCUGGCAGCACGCAGAGUGUGUCGGUUACGAUGAAACACUGGCUGAUUAUCAGUAUUAUUGUUUCCAAUGUUGGCAACACCUGCCAACUGUUCUAUCAUCAGGAACCGUCAUCAUCUCUCCAGAGGCAAUAUCCCAGCAGUGGGUCAGCGAGAUUGAAAAGCACGUGAAGAAAAACAACUUGAGGGUUCUAGUCUAUGAAGGUGUACGAGUCAACGGAUACAUUCAACCCCACGACUUGGCUAGCUAUGACAUUGUAAUCACCACAUACCAGGUGUUGACGAGAGAGCUGAACUACACGGAACCGGUGAAGCGAAACCUGCGUCAUGCCAAGCGGUUCUUUGCGCCAACGUCGCCGCUACUGUUUGUGCACUGGUGGCGGCUCUGCCUGGACGAGGCACAGAUGGUGGAGGGAUCAAGUUGUCGGGCGGCGGCCGAGAUGGCCAAGAAGUUCACUUCGGAAAACAAGUGGGCGGUUACAGGCACCCCUAUACAGAAGGCUGUGAACGACCUAGUCGGGCUGAUGGAGUUCCUGGCAGGGAACGAGUACAAGGAGUUCCUGGAACUCAUGGGUCGUGAUUGGCGCUCUCUGCUGAAGCUGGUGCCCAGAGUGCUAUGGCGCACGCAGAUGAAGGACGUGUUGGCUGAGACCGGCGUACCACCGCAGACAGUGGACACACACCUCCUAGAAUUCUCAGAAGUGGAGAAAUACUUCUACCAGUGCACUCACACCGAGUGCUCCCAACAGUUUGUCAACCGGAUAAACAGGUUUGUGGACCUUAAUGUCACCCUGAAGAGUCUAGAUCGAAAACAGAUCUCCAAUUUGUUGAAUCCUCUACUGAAACUUCGCCAAGCGUGUUUGCACCCCCAGGCUGUGCGUGGAAAGUUCGUCUCAAUUAAGAAGACGAUGAGGAUGGAGGAUCUUCUGAGGCAGAUGGUGACUGGGGCAAGGUUGGAUGCUGAGCAGGCUUUACGUCAGCUGGUGGCGGCUCUCAACGGGACUGGCGCACUUCACGUCAUACGCCAGGAGUGGUCCGAGGCGGCAGCCGCGUACCGGGCAGUCUUACAUCUGGAGCACGAGCUCACCGGGCGCUUGAAAAUAGAUUCUCUUCAGAGAAUUCACACGAUGCACAACUUGGCGGAAGUGUUAGACGGAGGCUAUGACGGUGUCCCACCCACACUGCGAGACGACACCAUGAGAGAAGACAUCAAGGCCUUAGAACUGAGAUAUCUCGGCAAGCGAGAGGCACCGAUGGCGGGAACUCAAGAACGAAUAGAACUUCAUGAGAAAGCCAUAACAGAACAAUUGGAAGGAGCUACACUCGGAUACUCGGAGUGGUGGUGGCUUCGGACACUGGAAUGGUCCUCGGAUAGAGAGGAGCUUUUGGAUAGAGUCAAGUCCGCCAUACAGCUUACUGACGCACAGCAGAAGAACCAAUACAACAACCUGGCCAACAAGCUGAAGUCACUGUAUGUAGUAAGAGUGGAGGUUGCUAAGUGGUUGGCAGAGCUGGACAAAACGAGAGAAGAGGUGCGCAAGUGGGUCCAACUGCUGAGAGGUUCCGACAAGGAUGUGAUGGCAGCUGAAGCACUGGUGUGUCACUUGCCGCAGGGUGCUCCUGCCAGAGGCAAAACGAGAUGUCAGCUGUGUAAGGCGGAGAACGCGUUGAAAAGCUACGAGGCUUUACUUUUUGAGGAGAAGAGCAAAGAAAAGCGGAAGAACAAGAAAAGAAAUUUGCCUGGCAGCAGUGACUGGACAGAUGACAAGGACAUGGACAACAAGGAGGUGGCUGACUUGGUGGGAGUCAAUGUUAAUACCUUCGAGACCUCCAGAAAGGGAGGUUUCAAGGCGUCACCCUUUGAGAAAAUACUUAAAGCAUUGGCUGCCUACGGGAGGCAGAGACAGGUGCCACCCCAGUGGACCAAGGAGGCCGGCCAGCACCUGGCCAUCCUAGAGAGGGUAAAGAAGGAGUUCCUUGACCUGAACCUGAUGUGGCGACAGAUUUUUGACUUGGUGGACGCCAAGGACGAGUUGAACAUGUGCAAGAUGCGGCUACGACUGCCUUGUCCUGGUGAGGAGGAAGAGGAGGCGGAAAAAAAGAAAAAGAAGAUGGGUGAGAACCAUCACAUCAUAGCUUUGUACAGG